AUGAAGUCGACACCACUUUCGCUUACUGCUUUCGCAACCCUGGCCUUUGGUCAAGAGGCUUACCAGUACGGUCAGCCACAGCCACCCAAGUAUGGCGACCACACGACUUCGGUUGCCUCCACCACGAGCGUGCCAGCUCCUCCCUCCUACGGCGGCAGCUCUUCCAGCUCGUCGUCGAGCCUGGUAGCUCCACCAUACUAUGGCGGCAGCUCUUCAUCGAGCAGCGCUACCUAUGCUUGCAAUCCAGCUCACGAUUACGGCAACGGUGCUUCUUGCAUCUCAACCCAGGGCACUCUCUCUCUGGUUUACCCAACCACCACCAGCACUGGCAAGGCAUACGCCACCCCUUCAUGCGCCGCACCUGGCACUUACGACAGCCAGCACCGCUACAGCUGCAACCCAGCACACGAGUACCCAGCCGGUCAGAAGUGUGUAUACAUCGACGGCUGCCCACUCCUGAGCACCGCCAGCUCUUCUGCUCCAGCCUACUACCCAACCACCACCAGCACUGCUCCAGCCUACGCCACGCCAUCGUGCGCAGCACCGGGCACAUACGACAGCAAGCACCGCUACAGCUGCAACCCAGCCCACGAGUAUCCAGCUGGUCAGAAGUGUGUAUACAUUGAUGGAUGCCCACUCUUGAGCACCGCUAGCUCCACUGCUCCAGCUUACCCAACUACAUCAUGCGCAGCACCAGGCACCUACGACAGCAAGCACCGCUACUCGUGCAACCCAGCGCACGAGUACCCAGCUGGUCAGAAGUGCGAGUACAUUGACGGAUGCCCACUCUUGAGCACCGCCAGCUCCACUGCUCCAGUCCACCCAACCGCCAGCUCUACCGCUCCAGCCUACCCAACUACAUCAUGCGCUGCACCAGGUACCUACGACAGCAAGCACCGCUACUCGUGCAACCCAGCGCACGAGUACCCAGCUGGUCAGAAGUGCGAGUACAUUGACGGAUGCCCACUCUUGAGCACCGCCAGCUCCACUGCUCCAGCCUACCCAUCGCAGACUUACGCUUGCAACCCGGCCCACGACUACGGCAACGGCGCCUCUUGCAUCUCCACUCAGGGCACCCUCUCCCUCGUUUACCCAACCGCCACUCACCCAGCUACCUCCGCCACCCCAACUGGCUACGGUAACGAGAAGAACUGCUACGCCAAGUACAACGUGUGCCGUGGCUCUCCAGAUGCCAACUUCGCCUACUGUGCUUCGCAGUACGCUGGAUGCUUGGGUUACAACCCAUUCGCGAACAACGGCACCAACACUGUCACUCCAAAGUACUCGCAGCCAGAUGUUUACACUACCGCUGUUGUCACUUCGUUGACUACGAUCUGCCCGACGCCAACUACCUUCACUCAUGAGCAGAAGACUUACACUGUGACGACCGCUACGACCUUGACCCUCCCAUGCAAUAGUGGAUGCGUCAUCACCAAGCCUGUGGAGCACCCAACCAAGCCAGUCUACAGCGUCCCAACCUACGCUCCUUCGUUCUACCCAAACACCACCGUCCACAUCCCGGUCCCACCAAAGACCGAGACUACCGUGGUUACUAGCUUGACGACAUUCUGCCCUAGCAGCACGGUCUUCACCCACAAGCAGUCGACCUACACUGUCACCAAGCCAACUACCCUCACACUCCCAUGCCCAGGAGGUUGCACAGUUACCAAACCCGUUGAGGGUCCGAAGACCACCGUUCCAGUCGUGGUCCCAUCGCAGCCACCAAAGGCUCCAACCUACGGACCAAAGACCACCGUUCCAGUCGUGGUCCCAUCGCAGCCACCAAAGGCUCCAACCUACGGACCACAGACCACCGUUCCAGUCGCGGUCCCAUCGCAGCCACCAAAGGCUCCGACCUACGAGCAGCCACCACCAGUCAACACUCCAGGCACCACUCUCGAUAAGAGCUCGCCAGUUGCACCAACCUACCCAGCUGGCACUACCCCAUCUCCAUCCGCCCCAUCGGCCACACGCCCAGCUAGCUACCCAUCCAGCUCUGUCGUCCAGUACACUGGCGCUGCUGCGCAGGUCAUGGCCACUGGUUUCCCAGUUGCCGCCGCUGCCGUUGCCGCUAUGCUUUUCUAA